UCUCUUUUUUCAAAUACAUUUUAUAUUUCAGUUCAGAACCGCCAUUGUUGAAGCUUUAAACACUUUGGGUGCUUGAGUUUUGAGGAUAUAAUUGAGGGAGAAGAAUUGGGUGCUUGAGUUUUGAUCCAAAAUGGCCAGUUUAGAGAGAGCUUCACCAGCUUUGAAGGAGAUACUUCUCAGAAUAUACAAUGCAGAGAGGCCUAUAGAGAUUGAUCAUCACUUGUAUGAAUUCGGGUCUGUUGAAUACUACAUUAAGUCUUCAGCAUCCGAACCGUUUACCUACCUGUCGAUAUCGACGCCUCUGCUGUCCCAAGGAGUGUUUCUAUCACAUGGGCUAUCCCCAUAUACCCUGCAAAUGGUAAGGGGAAUCUCCAUUGAUGUUCUUGACAUUGUAGAGCCUCCGACAGAUGGAUACCAGCUUACUCUAAGACUUGAUUUUUCCAAGCUCCCACGUAACAAAGAAUCUUUGAAGGUGGUCACAGAAGUUUCCUCAGUCCAAGCAGUAGUACUAAGUUCACAACUGAAAGAAAUGUUGCAGAAUGUGAAUUCUUGGGAUAUAUCUCAGGGGAUGUAUAAACCCAUCAAACUUAUUUAUCAUCCCAAAGAGCCUUUCUAUGUCAUCAGACAGCCUCAAAAAAUAAUAGCAGUGUUUCCCAUGAGGUUCAAAGAUCAUUCAGAUGUGAUCAUUGCAACAUCCUUCUUUCAGGAGCUAAUGGAUGUGGGAAGUUCUGGGAAAUGGGCUAAAGUACCUCCUUGCAACUGGUCACCUAUUCCUCCUCCAGAACUCAGAGGGGAACCUUUUGAAGAUUUGAGCACUAAUGGAGGAUUCGUCUCUUUUGAUAUAUCUUCACACCAUGUUGAAGGUAAAAGACUAGACAAGACCGUGUGGAGUUUGUUAAAUUUCUAUACCUAUGUGAAACACCAUGUAAAGUGCACCAGAGGCUUCAUUCAGAGAAGGAUGAGAAGGCGAAUGGAUAGUUUAGUUCAGGUCCUGGAAAAAUCAAUGAAAGAAGAGAAUGGACAGAUUCAAAAGGUUAAGGGAAAUGCAGGAUGGAAGAAGAUGAAAAACUGGGUGAGAUUAACAUCAAAAUCCAAAAUGAUCAAACGAAGAUAUCAUGAUAUCACGAAGAAGAUAAAGAGAAUCCGUUUCCGUAUUAAAAUCCAUGGUUUCGGGCGUUUCCGUAGGCGAUGGUUGACAAUGCCCAACUUCUCUUCUUCAAUGGGAUACACUAAACUAAAGAAAACUAAUAGUAAGUAAUUAAUGGGUAAAAUA